UAUUACUCGAAUCCCAUUUGCCUUAUAGCCUCAAAAACUCAAACAGGGAAACAACCAUUCUGCCCAGAGCUACCGUCUUCUAACGACUUCUCCCGGGCAUCGACGCCGACCAGCAAGUGCAAAAUUGCCGUCUGCCGCCGCCUUCUGUUGUUCACCAUUUCGUUUGACUCUACUCUUCAUUUCUCUCAUUACUCAUUACUUUGUGCAUAUUUUUGGGUCAUACAUCUCCAUAGGGCCGGCCUCCAUAUUGCUCAACGCACCCCUGAUCAAAUUCCAAGUCAGCAAGUCUUGCAAACCACUACCCUGGUCUUUGUGUAAUCAGGUGAUCAGGUGAAGCCUUUCCCCAUCUGCAAACAUGCUUAAGGUGCCCAAACAUCAAGUUGCAGGACAUCAAGCCUUAAAUGGGAACCUUGGACCCCUUGUAGAUGAUUCUGGGCUCUUCUACAAGCCUUUGCAGGGUGGUGGCCGCGGGUCCCAUGAGGUUGCAUUCUAUACAUCAUUUUCUUCAAACCCUAACAUCCCAACUCACAUCCGCCGGUUCUUCCCUAAAUUUUAUGGCACUAAGCUACUGGAGGCAUCCGAUGGCUCCGGUUUGCUUCCCCAUAUGGUCUUGCAGGAUCUUACCUUGGGUCUAUCCAACCCGUCGAUAAUGGACAUAAAGAUCGGUUCGAGGACGUGGCCCCCGCAGGAAUCAGAGGACUACAUCCAGAAAUGCUUGAAAAAGGAUAGAGAAACAAGUAGCCUCACCUUAGGUUUCAGGCUGUCAGGGUUGCAAGUAUACGGGAGCAAAGAAACUGAGUAUUGGAAGCCUGAAAGGAAAUAUGUUCAGAAUUUUUCUGCGGCAGAAGUUGGGUUAGCUCUAAAGAAGUUUGUAUCUUCAAACAUUUCAGAUGGCAUGGAUUGGAAGCCGGAUUGCUCCUUUGCAUCAAUGGUUUACGGUGGCUCCGAUGGGAUUUUGUCACAGUUGCUGGAGCUGAAAGCUUGGUUUGAGGAUCAGACCAUUUUCCAUUUCUAUUCUUGCUCAGUUCUUUUGAUGUACGAGGAGAAAGGAAAAAGCCCAGCUGUUAAGCUGAUUGAUUUCGCUCACGUAGUGGAAGGCAGUGAUGGGAUAAUCGAUCACAAUUUUCUGGGGGGGCUUUGCUCCUUGAUAAAGUUCAUGUCUGAGACUCUUACAUCAUCACCCGGUGACCAUAAAAAUGAAUUUGAAUCCUCCGUUUGAGGCAGAGUGCCUUAGCCAAUAGAAGAUUUUGGUAGCCAGUUGCUACUGGAACACUGGAACAAUGCCUCAAGCAGCAGCAUAUCCUACAUUUUUCAUUUAAAUCGAUAAGAUCUUGAUGGUCUGAAUAAUGUAACUGCACUUCGUGUUUCAAUUUCAAGGUUUGAUAAAGGAGUAACGCUUCUAUUGUUUUUGAUAAAAGGUAAAAUAUAUUAAAGGAUAACAAAACUGAUGUUGUCC